AUGUAUGCACCUGCCAUUCAAAAGAGGCUUACGAACAAACAAAAUGACCAUAUAAGAUCGUUAAUGCUGAAACAGAAUUUAUCGUUUGAUGAUUUCAAAUCCAUUGCCCAAUAUUCUUCAGAACAAAUAGAAUUAUUUUUUGAAGGAAACCAAGAUCUAUUUCCCGAAAAAACCGUAUUGUACAAUGUUAUUCAUGAAUUUCUAGCUACAAGAGCAAAAAAUUUAUCAAUUGAUUACCAAGUUUUUAAAUAUUUAUCAAAUUCGAGGUAUUUUUUUCCAACUCAUGUCAUAAGACGCUUCUUCGAGUUGAAGAAAUUACAUAAACAAGGUGAUGACAUAUCAACAAUUUUAUAUAUUAUCAAGGAAAAUAUAUAUGAUUAUUAUGGUAUACUGUUUAGGAAAAAUUCAGCUUACUAUAAUAUUUGCAAAAUAAUCACAGAAACAAUAAUUUCAACUGGUUUUUCGCCUGAAAUCAUUCAAUUUAACCUACGAUUCAGACCACCAGAUAACGGAUUUAUAUUUUGGACUAUUGAUAAAACACGUUGUUCAGUUCAGGUCGGAAAUAUAGUGCACCCAGAUUAUAAAUUUUUGUUUAAAGGUAUCGAUUUCAAAGAAAAUUUUGAAUUAAAAGCUCCUCUUGAUCAAAUCGUCGGAUUGAGAUACUUCAAGAAAGAUUUUCAAUUCCAUUUUGAUGAAUAUCUCAGCACGAAGAAUUUUGUAUUCCAAGUUGUUGAUCAAAUAUCAAAUGCAAAAAAUCCGGAAAUAAUAUCACAAAUCUUUUAUUUCCUUGAAUAUAUUUGUGAUGCAACAGAGUAUCAUAAGUACACAAAUGUUUAUUCAGCUCUCUCUCUGUUAUUUCAUACAAACAAUAACAAGAAUGUCAUUCCACUUCUUGAGCAAAUUGAUAAAAACGUUUAUUACAAAUUAUUGAUAUUUUUUGAUGAAAAAACUAAUCUAUCUGCAAAUAUAACAAACUACAUUAGUUUCAUUAAAGAAAACAGAUCUGUUACCGUAGAUUUCACUUAUGAUAAUGAAGCAGAUAAUUAUGAUUAUUUAGUUGAUAUUGCAAAAGUUUCAUCAAUCAAUUACUUGAUAGAGCAGUAUAAAAACAAAGAAAUGGAUUCUGUUUUAACAAUUUUUGCAUUAUUCCCAGAGUUAAUAAAAUAUGGAGAAUAUUUUAUUGAUUUCAGAGAAGAAAUGAUCCAAGCGUUAGAGAAAAUCAGAGAUACAACAAAUAAUUUAAAGAUUCCUGACAAAUCUCUUGAAGAGAUUUCAAAUGAAAUCAAAAACAUGAAAUUUGUUUCCAAACAGUUCCUUAAUUGCUUUAAUUUCUUAUGGAAUGUUUUACCACAUGAUUAUGUUCUCAAGCUUCCAAACAAAGAUAUUUCAGAUGGACUUUCUUUAUCUACAAUUUACUCUCGUGUCAAUGACAUUAAUAAUAACAAAAUAAUAAAUAAAUUCUUUGAUAUGAUGAAAGGUCUUCCUGAAAUUUCAGAGGCAGCAAGAUCUUUAUUAUUCAAGAAGAUAGCUCUGACUAAUUCAUAUGAUUCUAUAACUUUUCUAAUGCAGAAUUUCAAAAAACUAACUAAGAAAGCUAAAAUUAAAAAAGAUGUUUUUGAACAAUUCUUAAUUGACUGCUGCGAUAAAUUAUUACAAGGUUCCUGCAAUUCUGUUAAGCUCUAUUCAAACUAUGAAAAAUCAUUUGAUCCAAAAAAGAUCAAACAAGCAAAAAUUAUGGAAGAAAUCAAAAAACCAAAAGAAACUAUUGGCAAAGCGUUACUGAUCAAUCUCUUUGACAGGAAAGCUGCAGGUGAAUCCUAUCAAAAAUAUCAAUUAAAUUUGGUAAUUACUUAUUUUUCAAAAUUACGAUACUGGUUUGAAAAAAUUCCUUUAUUUUUUGAAAGUGAAGAUGAGGAUGAAUUAAAAUAUAACAAAGCCAAUAAGAAAGAAUUAUUCGAAAUGAUUAUUGAUGCAGAUCAGCGAGGUCAAUUUGAUGAAUCAAUGACUAAGGAAUUCACUAUUUUCUACAGCGAUAGUCCGGAAUUGGUUGUAUAUGAUAACAAAGAUUUUACAAAAAAGGAAUAUAGAUCACUUUUUCAUAUCUUUAUUUUUGAAGAUGGAGGAAAACAACCAAGAUACUCUACUGCACCGCCUGGAAAUUUAAUUUCUGUCAAAUUUCCUAUAUGUUACAAACCAAUAAAGUGUUCAUUUUCUGAUCUGAAAUCAACUUUUGAUAAGGCAGUCAAAGUUUGUAACCAGGAUAUUGAAGUUUUCUACAAGGAUAUGUUCCUAGAAGUUGUAGAUGAAAAGAAAGAGGAAAUUCCAAUUGAUAAAAUCUUGAAAGAAAUAGAAACAAAUACUAAUAAUCAAGAAAAAGAAGAAAAACCAAAUGAUGUUUAUAAUAAACAAAAGAUAAAUGAUCUUGUAGCGAAAGAAGAAUUUUCAAAUCAAACGAAAACUGAAAUUAUAAAGAAAGAUGAAUUAUCUAAUCAACAGAAACCUGAAAUUAUAAAGAAAGAUGAAUUAUCUAAUCAACAGAAACCUGAAAUUAUAAAGAAAGAAGAAUUAUCAAAUCAAACGAAAACUGAAAUUAUAAAGAAGGAUGAAUUAUAUAAUCAACAGAAACCUGAAAUUAUAAAGAAAGAUGAAUUAUCAAAACAACAAAGUUUGCAUGAUUCAACACAACAAAAUAUUGGUUCAAUUCAACAAGAAAAAGCAGAAGAACAAAAGCAAUCUAUUCCUACAGAAAAGAAGCCCGUUUUAAUUCCAUUUCAACCAAUUAAAAAUCAAGUUGAAUCUGAUAAAUUAAAAUACAAAGGUGUCGAUUAUCUUUAUGUAAAAAGAAUUGGAGAUAAGUUCAUUUCAAACUUUUCAAAGAUUGAAAUCAAUGCAAGAGAUGUUAAUGAUAUUCAGUACACUCCAUUUGAAAUCUACAUCAGAUAUUUUAGUUGUUUUAAUGAAAUCCCAUAUAUCCAAAAUAGUCCCGAAUUAAACAAUUGUAUUCGAUAUUCAUACAACAAUUGUUUGAUCACAUUUUAUGUUUAUUUCAACAAUUUCAUCAAAGGAGAUUUCGAAUACAAAGGAAACAUCAUGAUCAAUAAUUUUAUUUUCCCAUUUGAUUUCAAAUUCAAUGUUAUUGAUACUAUUUGUUAUGUUUCUAUUCCCGGAUUACAGUUUUCAAUUGAUCAACAAACACAAAGACCAUUUACAUCAUUUAAUAGUAUCGAAAAACCAUUCAAGAUCAAUUCCUUUGAUUCUAAAUUUAAUGAACUCAAAAAUCAAAUAGAAAUCUAUGGAAACGCUUCAUUAAACGAAAAUUCAGAACUUGAAAUCAAAGAAAAAUCAAGUUUUGGUGUUGUUGUUUAUUUGUCCAAACAAAACUCAAUGUACACAGGAAUAAAUUUCUAUCCAAGUGACAGCACUGAUAGCUUAGAAAUGUUUUAUUUCCAUCCAGGAUUGAGACAAUUUUGUAAAACAGACAAAAUAUUUGCCGGUUUCUAUGCUACUUAUUGUAAUUUUUACAUCAAAGGAUAUGAUGAAUCAAAAUAUCAAAUUACAUUUAAUCCAAGCAAUAAGAUAUUCUUUAACCAACAUUCUUACAAGAACAAUAUAUUAACAUUUAGUUACGCCUUCAAAACAACUUCAAGAAAACAAGUUUUCAUUGAAAUUGUUUUUACUUCUGAAAAAGAAACAAAAACUUUCCGAUUUGAAGUCAUCAAUACUCAGCUUGAAAUCAUAGAAAACAAUAAUGAAAUAUGCUGCAGAUUUGAAUAUGAAGAACUUAAUACAAUUCCUUGUUUGUAUUAUGAUAUUGAUGAUAACAUUUUCAAGCCAAUUAAACCAAAUGAAUUUAUACAAAAACCAAAAUAUAAAUUCAUUGUUUUGAGUUGUUUUAAUUACAAUUUCAUUUCUUAUGAUGAACCCAAUUGCCAGACACAUGUCAAAUUCAAAUACGAGAACAUUUAUCCACCAAAUGUUACAAACUUUUGUUUCCUAGUUCUUGAAAACAAUGACAAAAUUAGAAUCAUCAAAAAAGAUGAAUUUAAUCCAAGAACAAUGAGGAAAAUUUGCGCAAGAUUAUGUGACUUUGAUUUUGAUCCAAACAAUGAUGAUAAUAUGAAAUGGAGAUUCACAUGGAUUCCAAUAUCUCAAGAUGUGACUUAUAUCAAUGAGAUUCUUUCUGAUUACAAAAAUCUUGAUGAUUUUUGUUCGAUUUUCUUCAAAUUUAUUCGCGAAGAAAAACCAAAAGAGGAUCUUAAAAAUACAGUUAUUAAGUAUUUUCAAGAUAGAGUUAACAUGAUAAUAUCAAUGAGAGGUUUCUUGAGAUUCCCAAUGAAUGGAAAGAAAUUGAAAGAAGCUGCAUUUUCAAUUUCAGGCGUGACCAAGUUUUCGCCAGUAGAAUGCAUGAUGUUUGAGAAAUCUUUCAAAGAAAAUGAUGUAAUUAUGUUCACAAAGAAUAAUAUUACAAUAGUUAAUUCAAAGAAUAUUGAUAUGAAAUCUGUUGAAUCAUUUUCGUUUGAUUUUGGUGAUUUUGCAACUAAUGAUUAUUUAGUUAUUAAUGAAAAUCGAACAUUGGAUAUUGAUUAUGCGCUUUAUUUAUGUUCAUUUUUACCUUUAUUAAUCAAAAAGCAAUUAAUAAGUGAAGAUUAUGCAAUAAAAUUAUAUUCAGAAUUAGAGAAAUAUCAUCUUAGUUCUAAUAAUGAUACAAACGAAAUAAUCAAGGAAUUCAACAAGUCAUUUCAAAUGAUUAAAAAUAUGAUAACUAAAAAUAAUGACAUUACAUCAAUUAAUCCAUCAAAUGUCAUCAAGAACUCAAUUCCAUCAUUUGAAUUAAGCAAUCAACAAGUUAUUAACCAAGUUUCAACAAAUUAUCAACAAAAUAUCCAACAAUUUGUUGGAUAUAAUCAAAAUCAACAAAACACGCAACAAUUUGUUGGUUACAACCAAAUACAAAAUCAACAAAACACACAACAAUUCGUUAGUUAUAUUCAAACAGUAAAUCAACAAGUAAAUGCGCAACAAUUUGUUGGUUACAAUCAACCACAAAGUUACCAAAACAACCAACAGACAGAAAAUACUCAACCAUUUGCUAAUUUUAUGAAUGAUAAUCCUUAUUUGUUAUAA